UGAAAUAAAAUUACUUCCUGAAAAGUUUCAAACAGGACCUCCAUUGUUAUUGCAUUCUCAUCGAGUUGUCACUCAAGAUGCUGCACAUCAUUAUGAUCGUGAUUUUAUUCCUAAUGUCUGUUUAAAACCCUUUAAUAAUACAACUGAUUAUAAAAAGUUAAUUAGACCAUCAUCAAGUCGUAAACGUCGGCAUAGACGGCAUUCACCAACAGGCUAUAAAAAACAAAAUGACUAUAAUGAUUCUACUCGAAAUUCGACUAGAUCACGUUCAUCUAGUGAAGAGUAUAGUUCAGGUUCAAGAAGCAGUCGAACACGAAGUUCUUCUACAGAUAGUACAACUAGUAGUCGGUGUAGUUGUGAUAAAUCGAAUCGAAAUAUCAAUUCAUCAAGAUUACAACAUCAGCAUCGUUGGAUCACAGGGGAUCAAAAUAAAUCAAUAUCACCUGAUUCUAAUAAUCAAAAUAAUUCAAUUCAUGAAACUUCUAAUUCUAAUCAUUUGUAUGAUAUAAAGUGUGUUAAGAAAAAUUUCUCUCACUUAUCUCCUACUCCCUGUAAACAUCGAUUGCGUAAGACACGUUCACUUAGUCGAAUAAUAAUGAAUAAGUGUCAUCAACGUCGAAGAAGGACAUCUUCAUGUCCUGGAGUGUUCCUUGCUACUACUACCACUAGUACUGCUUCUAGACAAUUGAAUAGUAUGAAUAAUCUUCAGUGUUUAAAUGAUGAUAAGCAUAAUAAACGGAAAUUGUGCAGUACAACAUCAACUUUUCAAAAAUGUCGGAAAAAGUUAAAUACUUGUCAGUUGGAUCGUAGUGGAAUGAAACAAAGGUCUAAAGCAAUGGCAGCUGCACGUGCUGCACAAGGUGCAGCUAGUCGAACAGGUCCAGGAUUAUGGACUAGACAUUUCGUUAAUUUACGAAAUUCUGAUGAAGAUUCUAUGAAGCUGCCUAAUGCUAGACGAUCUGUAUCUCAAACAUCAGAUGGACAGAAUAAUUGUUAUAAUCCAAUGAAUACUACUCCAGUAUUAGUUACAAAUCCAAUGAAGAAUAGUUUACCAGCUGCAGUUUUAGCCUUAGAAGCAAUAUGGGCAGAUUUAGUACGACUUAUUAAUGAGUAUACAAUUGCUAUUGAAUCAAGAUGCGGUGUAGAUACAGCUCGUCAAAGAUUAUUUGAACAAUUUAUAUCAAUGCAAACAUGUUAUGCUACGCAUAUAGCUGCUUUAAUGGAUGAAAAUCAAAAACUUCAUGAGAAGCUUACACAAGCUCAAAGUCAACUAUUACUCUGUCAACCACAAUUACAAUCUUUCAUGAAUUAUAAUAAUAGUAAUAAUAACAGUAAUCCUGUGUCAUCAUCGUCAACUAUCCAGACGCCGAUGUCAUCAUUGGCGACAGCAACAGCUACUUCUGCAACACCAUCUUCAUCUGCGUCACUGGCAUCCAUCUCAAAUCUUAAGUCAUUUCAACCUCAUCAGCAGCAACACCAACAAUAUCAUUAUGAUUGUAAAUCAGACAGUUCAUGUGCGUUCAACAGGUCAGAUGAAACAGUGAAUGCUGUUAUGUCACAUAAUAAUAAUAAUUGUAAUAAUAAUAAUGAAAAUAUUAAUAUCCACCAUAACUUAUCCCACUUUCCACGAAAUGAAUUUUCAUCUUUGGCAAAUACUGACGCAACACGAAAUGUAUCUUGUAUUAACAAACUGAAGCCAAUGAAUACAUCAGAUGAGAUUCAUUCAAAGACUCCUAUGACAAGCAAUACUCCUUCUACUGUUGUUUCUAUUCCUGCCUCUGCCCCUCCGCCUCCUAUUCCUGCUUAUUCACAUCAUAAGCAUGCUUCCACUUCAAAUGAUUAUCAGACUGGAAGUUUACAUUCCUUGUCGUCUAGAUCCUUGUCAACAACAUCAUCGUCAAGGCUGUUAUCCUUAUCAUCAAGUUUAAAACGCAAAAAUGAUUCAUCCAAAGAUGAUUCCGAUUAUGAAAUACAUCGUUCUACAUCAUCUUUAUCUUUGCCUAAUGUACAAGAACGCUUGGAGACAAGCAAUUAUCCAGAAAUAUUACAGGCGACGAUGACUACUCCUAGUAUUACUACUCCUACUGCUGUAGCUGCCACCGCUGUUGCUGCUAGUACUUGUAAUCGUGAAAGUCCUUCGGAAGGAGAAGGACAUAGUCAAAGUUCUUCUACACCAACAGCCUCUGAGACUGAUGGUUUUCCCCGAGAUCCUGAAGAAGAUGAGGAGGAGGAGGAUGAAGAUGACAGUGAUCAUGAUCACGAUCAUCAAAGGAGUGGUGAAGAAAUCGAUCAUUCAGAAUCUCAACAAACGUCAAAUUCAUGUGUAGGCGAAACAACUGAUUCAAAUAUCUGGUUAAAAUGUUCUUUGUCAACCGCUGAUAAGUCUUCAACUUUAUGGGAUAUAUCACAUCAGAAUAGUGUAAGAAAUUAUGAUGACGCAACAGCUAAAUUUAUUCCUCAACUUCAUGAUUCAUCAGUAUCAUUGCCGAAAAAUCAUACAAUUUAUACACAUCAGCCUAAAAAACGACGUACACUAAAUAUCCAUCUAUCUGCGGCUGCUGCUGCCGCCUCAGUUGAGGCCGCCGCUACGACUGCCAAUUCUACAGCUAAUAUUAAUAAUAAUAAUAAUACCAAUAAUGGUAACAAAUAAUUCCUCUUACAAAUUAUAUUUCCUCAAUUGUUAGUGAGUCUGUGUAUUGUACAUGCUUCUUACGCGAAUAUCUGGCGACGCACAAACACGUACACACAUCCACCCACCCACCCCACGCACACAUACACUAGUAAAAUGUAAUAACUACCCCCUAUUAAAAUAGCAAUAAUAAUGAUAAUAAUAAUAGUAUAUGUUUAUAACAGAGAAGAAUAUAGCAGUCGUCAUGACAACAAUAUAUAUAUAUAUAUAUAUAUAUAUAUAUAUAUAUAUAUAUAUAUAUACGUCUGUAUACAAGUUUACCGUUAACCCGCAGUAAAUCCCUGUACUCUCCAACUGAUUUCCUCCUAUUACAUGUGUUAUGUUCAGUUAAUAUUUUAGAAUUAUAUACCAACCAUUACUAGUUAUUAUUAUUAUUGUUAUUAUUAUUAUUAGCAUUACCAUUAUUAUUAUUAUUAAUAUUCCUAUCAGUAUAACUGUUAUUAUACCAUACUCUUAUUUGAUUUCACUAUACCUUUGGUAAUAAUGACGCACAAACAAGGCCGCCAUAAAACUGCCUAGUAGUAGCCAGAAUUCAACUUCUCCGUUUAAAAUACUCUCUUCUAUUUCCUGUUGUCGUUUUAUUGUCGUCAGAAUGAGGAAGUGCGCGUGCGUGCGUCGUGUGUGUUGUAUAUACAUAUAUAUAUAUAUAUUUGUGUGCGCGCUAUCCUUUAUGUAAAUUCAAUUCUCUAGGAGUAAAAACUCCCCCACCCAUCCACCCCUCACCUACCGAAUUUCAUUUACCACCCUGUUUUCUGUCGUCACUUUCCUUGUAUUCUGUGAUUUUUUCCCUUCUAAUGUGAUGUGAUGUACUAAAGUGUAUUGCUCCGUAUGCGUGUGUGUGUGUGUGAAUAAAGUAAAAUAAAAAAAUAAAGUGGUUACUUGUCGAUGUAUAAGUAAAUCCCACCUGUCCCCCCCCUCACGUCCCUACUUGAAUCAGGUAUCCCUUAAAAGCAAAAAAGAAUCCUUCCAACACCCCUUCGCGUCUCUCCCUCUCUCUCUACUUCUCUUCAUGUUUUCUUUGUGAUCAAGUUUUGAGGGGAAACAAAACAUCAAAAGAUCUAAAUGGAUCGAUGCGUGUGUAUAUCUCAUCUAUUGGGUUAUUUUGGUAGUCAAACUGUUCCUCUCAGCUUGAGCUUCACGCACACACACAUGAAAACGCACCCAGAGGAACUCAUCUCUAUUAUAUUAUUAUUACUAUUAUUGCAACCGUGCAUUUUAUUUGUAAACUCUACGUCCCCCCAUUCCCCACCACCUUCGUAUAUGGAUUGUUUUAUUUACUAUAAGUUGACCUUUGACACACACAUACUGCUUCCUAAUACCGCUCUACUACCUACCUACCUACCUACCUAGCUAUUAUGAAUAUCGUACUGUGUUAUACUUAUGAUUUAUAUAUUUGGUGUAAGUUUAUUGAUUCCUACCUACUCUAGUAAAACAACAUCACUAAUAAGAAAAAGACUCAGAAGCAGAAGAGGACAACCUCUGACUAUCUGACGACCAUAUUUUAUUAUCUCUGUGCAUUUUUCUCUUUUAUUUCAUCAGCUCCCUUCUUUAUUCGUUAGACUUUGAUGAUUAGUGUUAUUACCAUUACUACUGCUACUGUUACUAUUAUUAUCAUCAUGAUUACGUAAUGAUUAUUGUAUUUUUCUCUUUUUCAACCUGUACGUGUGUGUGGUCGUAUGUAGGUGUGUGAAUGAAUAGAUGAAUAUGUAUGUAUGCCUGUCAUGUGUUCAUCUAAUAUGUAACAACGUCGUCCAUUUUUACGUUUGACUACCUACAUUUGUUUCCUAUCUGCGUGUGUGUGUGUGCGUGUGUCUAUCUAUAUCUAUAUGUAUCUCUACGUUUUUUUUUGGCUUAUUUCCCAUAACAUUUGAUACAUUCUCUACACAUCCUCUUCCACCUCCUCUUUCUUCUCCGUCUUCCUGCUCAGUCCCCUGAAGUUGUCUAACCCAGUUAGUUAUACACGCAUUCAUACAUACCUACACACACACACACACACGCUGACACACGUACAUAUGAUUCUUUUAUGUUCAUUUCCAUACUGGUAUCUAUAUUUUGGGUCUUAUUUGCCCCCCAUCCCAACUCUCUCUCUCUUUGUCUCUGGGCGUGUGUAUGUUUCAUUCAUAAUGACUGUGUGGACAUUGCGCCGACAAACAGCUGUUCUUCAUCACUAUCCUCAUUAUUAUUGUCAUUAUUGAUUGUCAAUAUUAACACCCGUGUGUAGAUGUUAUUUUCAAAUAUUAUUAUUAUUACUAUUACUAUUAUCAUCAUCAUUAUCAGGGGUUCCUAGUUCGAUUCUAUUUUAUUAUUCUUAUUUUACUGUCGUUGUGUUUAUGUAUAUGUCCUCCUUUCUGGUGCGUCUGUUUGUUUGUUUGUUUUUGUCUGUGAAUUUAUUAUUAGAAGUAUUAUUCAUAAUAAUAACACUCAACACUGCUGUCUAUUACUUAAUUAUUAUUAUUAUUAUUACUAAUAGAAGUAUUGUCAAUAGUAAUUUAAUUGAUUAAUGACUUUCCAUACUGUAAGCACUAUUAAUUACUAUCCGCUUCGGUGUUUAAUCAAGUGUUUUUUUUACUUUACCCGGCGCCUCCCUUACAUCGCCCGCCCAACCGCCCGUCUUUAACAUCACUUCUUACUCUUUGAUGAUGAUUGGUCAGUUGGUUAAGAUAUCCUCCUUACUUUUACUUAGAAUAGCUAACUACCAACUUACUUAUUUACUAUUGUUACAGUUUAUAUUAGUAGAUCUCCUCUUUCCACAAUGUUAUUGUCACUCUCAUUUGACGUUACUACCUACUCCCCACCGAUCCACGCACACACACAAACACAUACACACACAACCAACUCCUCCUAGUUGCUAUGGUGUUUCACAGUUAUAUAGUUCCUUCCUUCUUUGUUUUUUGGUUAUCAAUAUUUGACUGUUCUCUUUUCUUGUUGUUAUUGUUGUUGUUUGUCGUUUUCAUCGCCGUCGUUUUCGUCGUUCAAGUCGACGUUGUCGUCAGCAGCUGAAGCAGAAGUUUUUGUGAGCGACAGAAUAUGUCGAAUUUCUUAAGAAUAUAUUAGAAAAAAAACGAAAAAUGAAAUUGUCUUGUUUAAAUAUACAUAUAUAUAGAUAUUUUUCAAAAGAUAAAAUGACUUGACUACUACUAUAUUUCUGUCCUGUAAUUGUUACACUGACGUGAAAAACGCACAUCAACACACAGAAACAAACCACACACAUACCUACAUACAUAUAACAAUAUAUUUGUCCCCGUUUUCAAUUCUAUUUAUGUGACUGGUUUCAUAUAUUGAUUGAUCUAUUCAUUCAUUCAGUCAGUCAGUCAAUUAUUGAUUUUGUUUGAUAAAUCGAUUUAUUGAUGUUGAUAACGAUAUUGAUGAUGAUAAUAGUAGGUUGACGGUUCACUCGAUAUAUACAUAUCUAUACAAAUACAUAUGUAUAAUAUUGAGACUACUCAUGUGUUUGAUACUACACAAGUAGGCGAAUGUAAGCGCGUUCUGUCGUGCACAACACAUACACGCACACACACACACAUAUAUAUAUACACAGACAGAGAGACACCUAGACACUAUUCAUCAUUGAUCAUGAUCAGUUAAUUAACAGAGAAACCAAGUUUUUGUAAAAUUCCCGUUACUAUACACACACACACACUCAAAUAUAAAUAUGUUGCUUGUUUGUGUUUUUUGGACUGUAUUCACAAUUUCUUUAUGUGUUUCUCCUCAUUUAUUCUCUUCCUCUUCCUCCUGCUCCACGUUCUCCAUUUUGGUUCUCUUUUCUUCCUCUUUUGUUUUCCAGAUUUUAAUGAUUUAAAUAUAAAUAAACAAAUCAAUAAGUAAAUAAAUAAAUAAAUUAUACAGUUUUAUCGCAUUUUCUACAGGAAUGAUUCCUCUUUUUCUUUUCUUAAACACCAGUCGAAGUAGAUUGCAUAAUUGUUAUAAUAAUCAUUACAGACGGGGGAGGCGGGGACAACCUAUACAACAUGAGUG